AUUUCAAAUGUCUCAAGACCCAAAGAAGAGUUCGAAUAAACUAAAUGACCAGUCUUUAGAGGUAGAAGGCUUCCAGCCUCAGAAUUUGAGCAAAAAUAAAGCAAUUGAUAACUACGUUAUCGGUAAGACUAUUGGAGAAGGAACCUUUGGCAAGGUCAGAGCAGGCACUCAUAUACUCACAGGAGAUAAAGUAGCAGUCAAGAUUUUAGAGAAAGACCGUAUCUCUGAUGUAGCUGAUGUUGAGAGAGUAUCUAGAGAAAUUCAUAUCCUUAAGCUAACAAGGCAUCACAACAUCAUACAGCUUUAUGAGAUCAUUGAGACAAAGAAACUACUCUACCUGAUCAUGGAAUAUGCAGACGGUGGUGAAUUAUUCGAUUAUAUCGUCAAUAGUUCCAAAAUAGAUGAGCGUGAGGCAUGUCAUAUUUUCCAACAGAUAAUUUCUGGCAUCGAAUAUAUCCAUAAACUCAAUGUCGUGCAUAGAGAUAUGAAACCAGAAAACCUGCUUAUAGAUAAUAAGAAGACAAUAAAAAUAGUUGACUUUGGACUAUCAAAUACAUUUAAAAAAGAGGAACUACUUAAAACAGCAUGAGGGUCUCCAUGAUAUGCUGCUCCAGAAAUGAUAGCUGGGAAAUAAGUAUUAUGGCCCAAAGUCUGAUAUCUGGAGCUGUGGAGUAAUUCUCUACGCUUUAGUAUGAGGAUUCCUCCCCUUUGAAGAUAACAAUACAGCAGCUCUGUAUAAGAAAAUCAUGGAUGGAGAAUAUGUAGUCCCUGAUUUUAUUUCCAAAGAAGCUCAAGAUAUAAUUGUAAAAAUCUUAAACACAGAUCCUGAGAAGAGGCUUAGUGUUGAGGAAAUAAAGAACCAUGCUUGGUUUAAAACAAGCGUGCCUGUAUAUCUUAGCGAGGGUUUGAUCAUUGGCUAUAAUAGAAUACCAAUUCAAAACAAAAUUCUCAGCUUGAUGACGAAUCAAGGAUUUGAUCCAAAGUACAUUCAAAGAUGAAUCGAUGCAAAUAAGCAUAAUCAUUGAACUACAACCUAUUAUAUUUUCCUGAAAAAGCUUAAGCUAAUUGAUAAACUAGAAGUGAUAAAAGAAAAGAUCUGUAAUACAAAAGAAGAGCAUGAAGAAGAAAAGGGGAAUAUAGACAAUGAUCCUACUGCUAACAUUAUCGACUCGUACCUCAUGGAUGACAUUAGUGAUAGAAGUUUCUGAAAAAUGAAUAAUUCCAAGAAAGAAGAUCUGACCAAAGACCUUGAAACCGAAAAGGUUGAUUUAAUUUACAAAGCCAUUAGCCAUAAUUUAGAAAGAAGUAGGUUGGCUAACAAUAAACAGUUCCAGACUGAAAACAAGAACUAUGAUAAUACCAAGAUCACAUUAAACUUGGAUAAUACAUAUAACAACUGAAAUGAAAUAUCCCAGAGUCAGAUAAAUUAUUCAAAUUUUAAAUCCAAUGACAAUAGUUUCUCCAAGAGUUAUGUCCACACUCUAGAGAAUACUAUGAACCAAGGAGGGGAAAACCAGGAGAUUUACCAAGAUAUCACGAGGAAUAAUAUCAAUGAGCUUUCUUUUGAAACGAAUAAUCCUCAUAACAACUCCAAGCUUUCCAAUUUAGCAAUGGAAUAUAUGAAUAAUAUUUCUGGUUAUGACUUGCUGUCUGAGGAAUCUAACUCGAUUAUAUCUAAUGAGACUGAUAAGGAGGAUACCAAGGGGAAACCUCAAAAGUCGACUAUUUCAGAAACUGAUAGUCAGAAAAAGAUCAUUUUAAAUAAGAAACUGCUCAAUUAUCAUCGGAAAACUUCUAAGAUAAAUACUUCGGUUCAGCAUUACAACUCAAAGAACAACGGAAGCAUAAAAUCUAGGAAGCACACGUUGCCCACAAAGGGUAGCAGAGGGUCGUCCAACCUUCCUUAUAAAGAGAAGAAAUAAACUGCAGAAAUGAAUCAGUCAGAAUUUUAAAGAAUACCAAUCUUCAAAAUCGAGAUCAGCUUCUAGGAAGUAUCAUGGAAUGCCUUUUACUAAAAGUAAGAAGUAUACUACCAGCAAGAACUCAAAAACCAAUAUUGGGAAGAUGUUCAACCUUGCAGUGUCUUCAUGCUCUAAAAUGCUAAAGAAGAUGAAAAAGGGAAAAUCUCCUGGGACUUCGAAGACAAGGGCUCCCACAAGGUGUUCCCCAUACAAGCAAAAUAUGUCUAAUAUCAGUAUGUAUCAGCCAAGUUUUGAUCCUGGGUUUAAGAAGCCUUCAUCGAAUAGGAAUCCUGGUCUUCAUAGUAAAGGAAGGAAAUGAUUAAUUAAUACUACAUUUUCUAAUGAUGACAAAGGCAAAUUGGCACCCAAAGCUUCAACUCAGAAAGGAGAGCAUAAAUUCAGUGAUAAGCUACAGAAAGAAAAGAAGUCAUUCACUAAUACAAAACAGGAUGGAAUCGUGAACUUGUAUUCUAAGGGAAAGAAAAAUGUAGCUAUCAUGCAAGCCCCAACUACAGUGAAUAACAAUGCAUGCAUUAUUGUAAACCAAUCGAUAGUACUACAGAAAAACGCAAAUAAAGGGCUGAAUCUGCAGACAGAUAGUCGUCAUAAAGGGCAGGUUUUUACAACUUUCAAUUCCAAAAAGGGCUCGAAAGAUGGCACGAGGAGCAAGUCUAAGAAAGCAGAUUCUAUUAAAAAGAAGUCUCCGAAAGUUCCUUUGAAUCAGAAGCACAAUAACUUAUUGCAGAUGAAUGGUACAAUUCUGAAUAUCGAUAAAAGUCGUGUGCUGAAUAGCAAGACAGUGCGUUCACAAGCUCGAACAAGAAAUCAAAAUGGGGUAAAAUCAGAGUUCUAUUCCAUCAAUCCAAAAACACUUCAAAAGAGGAAGAACAAUAUAUUUUCCCCAAACUUUAACAUUGCUCCUUCAACAGGAGCUCUUCCUGAACAGUCUAGAUUUAUGGGUUCUCAAGUAAAAAUUAACCCAGCCAUAUACUCUACAAAAGAUUCAUACAAGAAAUCAGAGAGUAAAUCAAAGGAGAAGAAAGGAAAGAGCAAGUUUAGGAUAAAAAGGUCAAGAAAGGCAUCAUUCUCUGGUAAAAGAAUUUAAUUAACCUUUUAACUCUAUUAACUCAAC